UCUGUUGUUAAAAGAAAAACACUUAUUUUGGUUACAGUGCAGUAUCACACGAUUGUAAAAUGAUCAUCUUAGCUGUCAUCUUUUCUGUUGCCAUUCUCGAAUCUCAAGCCAUUGAUCAAAAUGCUGUGACAAAUACAGUGCUGUCAUACAUGAUGAAUUAUCAAAAAUUAGGCCAUUCUGAAUUCUCUUCAAUUUUAUUUGCGCAAUUGAAACAACAGUAUCCUGAUUAUUACUUUACCGUCGAUGCUUAUGCGCCUGUAUCAAGUUUUCCAACACACACUGUACAUGGUUGGUUUGUUAAUGUAUUUCGACAAUACAAUAGAAACGUGGUUGUUGGAUGGGCCUUGAAAAGUUCUCGAAUUGCACCUGACUCUGUAAUACAGGAUGUGAGGAAAAAAAUUAAAAAUUUGUUGUAUAAUGAUAUCAAUAAUGCUGAGCGAUGUAACGAGAAAGUAUGGAGUGUUGCCACGGCAACUGGAUAUCCAGUUGUGAUGGUUCAUACUUGCACUGAAGGGUAUUGUGGUCUACGAUCAACUUACGAAAAGAAUACAUACUUUGAAACUAUAAGCGGCUAUAAAGGCAAUAGAAUGUCUGUGGUUAUUGUAUUUGGAAGCCAAUAAUCAAAUUUAAAUGUUAUAUUUGUUAAAUUUAGCAAUGAUCUUAUCCUUAA